AUGACACAAUUGGAGGCUGGCCAACAACCACCGCAGUCAUCACUGUCGUCUUCAGCAGGCCAGACACCGCAAGCACAUAACGCAGUCCACCGUAUGAAGUUGGAUGUUCCAAGAUUUGAUGGCUCGGAUCCAACCGGAUGGACCUUCAAGAUAACGCAAUUCUUUGAAUAUCACGCAACACCGGAUCAAGAGCGCUUAACAAUAGCAUCAUUCUAUAUGGAGGGGCCAGCUCUGGCCUGGUUCCAAUGGAUGCAUCGCAACGCGCAACUCUCGUCGUGUUCGGCGUUCCUUCACGCGCUGCACUCUCGGUUUGCGUCGUCAACGUAUGAAGACCCUACGGGGUUACUGUGUAAGCUACAACAACGCUCCUCAAUUAGUGCGUAUCUUUCAGAAUUCGAAUGCCUCGCAAAUCACGUGGUAGGGUUACCAGCAACGUUCGUUUUAAGUUGCUUUAUUUCGGGGUUGAACCCCUCUAUUCGCAGAGAAGUACAGGUUUUACAACCUGUGUCGUUAGCUCAAGCGGUGGCGUAUGCACGCUUACAGGAAGAAAAGAUCAUGGACUCACGGCGGCAGCAAACAUCUCGGCCUCUCAUGUCCACUGCGAACUCGAAAACAAUUACAGGAACAACACCUCCUUCGUUCGCGAACAACUCGUCGCGAGGUUCAAACCCUUCUAUCCCAUUCAAAAGAUUAACCCCAGAAGAACUCGCAGUCCGCCGGGAGAAAGGACUAUGUUUCCAUUGUGAGGAGAAGUACUUAUGGGGACAUAAAUGUGCGCCCUCACUCUUCCUGUUAGUAGCAGAAGAUGAUCAAUUGACGUCUGAAGUCGUCUCGACACGACCAUCCUCACCAACAGAAGAAUUACUCAUGGAACCACCCCCAGCCCAGCGUUGUUUACAUGCACUAUCGGGACAUUCAGCGCCUGAGACCUUACGCUUGAAAGGAACCAUCAACGGAUUUCAUGUCAGUAUCUUGAUAGAUGGAGGAAGCACGCAUAAUUUCCUCCAUCACAGAGUGGUCGCGACACUAGGUUUCACUACCAAGGGGGUGGCACCAUUGAAGGUUAUGGUGGGAAACGGAGAGGAAAUAAGAUGCCAGGAACUAUGUACGGCCGUUAACGUACAGGUGCAGGAGCAUACGUUCAUGGUGGACUUUCACAUCCUACCCUUAUGUGGCACAGAUGUAGUUCUGGGAGUCGAAUGGCUCAAAACAUUAGGACCGGUUCUGACAGACUACACGUCUCCAUCCAUGAAAUUCAUCACUGAGGGUAAGCUUGUGGAGUUACAGGGGGAACGUGAGCAAAUAGGUGAACCCGUGUCUCCCUCGCAACUGCGUCGUCUUCUACAUAGGAGCCCCUCUAGCACCUUCUUCCAUAUUAGAGUGGAAACAAACACACAAUCAGCUACAACACCACCCAUCUUACCCGAGAUUUCUGAGUUACUUACGAAAUACUCAUGCCUGUUUCAACCACUUACAAACCUUCCGCCAUCUCGAUCCACAGAUCACGCUAUCAAUCUGCUACCCAAUGCGACACCAGUGAAUGUCAAGCUUUAUAGAUACCCGUAUUACCAAAAACAAGAAAUAGAAGAUCAAGUAUCGGCCAUGCUUGCCAAGGGCUUCAUUCAACCGAGCUCCAGUCCAUUCUCUUCACCAGUUUUGCUGGUAAGUAAGAAGGAUGAGACAUGGCGCUUCUGCGUCGACUAUUGGGCUCUCAACGCCAUUACGGUGCGCGAUCGCUUCCCCAUCCCAACCGUGGAUGAAUUGCGCGAUGAAAUGGGAGGUGCUUGCUGGUUUUCGAAACUAGAUUUGAUGCAGGGAUAUCAUCAAAUCCUGAUGAACAAGGAGGACGUUGGAAAGACAGCAUUUCAAACUCAUCAAGGGCACUAUGAGUUUCGAGUUAUGCCUUUUGGAUUGUGCAAUGCACCAUCCUCAUUCCAAGCCACAAUGAAUCAACUAUUCCAACCUUAUUUACGCAAACAUAUAAUCGUCUUCUUCGACGACAUAUUAGUAUACAACAAGACCAUUGUUGAUCAUCUUCUUCAUCUGGAAAACGCCUUUCGUACCUUAGUAUCAGGUCAGUUCUCACUUAAACUUUCUAAAUGUAUGUUCGCGCAGCAGCAAUUGGAGUACUUGGGGCAUGUAGUAACGGUGGCAGGAGUCAAACCGGUGCCGGAGAAGUUCCAGUGGUCACCGGAUGCCACUGAUGCAUUUCAAAAGCUGAAAGACGCCAUUACCACAGCUCCUGUGCUCACGCUGCUUGACUUCACGAUUCCCUUUGUUGUGGAGACUGAUGCAUCGAACAUAGGUAUGGGUGUCGUUCUGUCACAGGGAGGCCACCCCAUUGCUUUUUUCAGCAAGCAAUUCUGCCCGAGAAUGGCCAAUGCGUCCACUUACGUCAGAGAGUUGGCAGCCAUAACCGCCGCUGUGAAGAAGUGGCGGCAGUAUUUACUGGGCCACAAAUUCACCAUCUUGACAAAUCAUAGGAGCUUGAGAGAGCUCAUGAGCCAAGCCAUUCAAACUCCAGAACAACAUCAUUAUCUCGUGAGGUUAUUGGGAUUCGAUUACACGAUCCAAUAUCGUUCAGGCCAAACAAAAACAGUAGCGGAUGCAUUAUUGCGAGUUAACGAGGAUACUCAGGCGUCUCUUUACAUGUUGACCAUGCCCCGGUUAUUGUUCAUGGAAGACCUACGUAAGGAACUCGCAAACACACCAGCUUUCAAGGAGUUGUACGAGCAGAUUCAAGCUGAUCCUGCAAAGUACUCAGAUUAUUUAGUAACCUCAGGUCUGAUUCUACACAAGGGGCGCAUCUGGCUUCCCCCAACAUCAUCCUUCAUCAAAUUACUCCUCGAAGAGUUCCACCAAACACCGGUAGGAGGCCAUAUGGGGGUGCAGAAGACAUUGAAACGUCUCCAAGAAAACUUUACUUGGAGUUCACUUUGA